AUGAAGCCGCUCCGGGAACACGUAUGGUCCGAGCUUUACAACGGCGCACAGGUCCUCCCCGCAGGACCCAAGGCCGACAAGAAAUGGCCACCUCCAAACCAUGGGUGGUGUCGACAUUAUCCCAUGUCUUGGAUGUGGAUGUUCCACGAGAUUCAGGAUCAGAUAGAUUACGCUAUCGUGCCGAUUUUGACCGCUAUCGAUAACAUUAACGCGGGUCUUUCCAAGACGACUUCAUGGCUGUGA